AUGGACGCAUCACCGGACACCAUUAUCGAAGUUAGGGAAGAGCUCAUGGUUUCACCCUCAUCUGGUGAAAACCCAACUCGCAGAACUGCUUAUUUUCUCAAACCUUGUGUGAGUAGCAUCGAGGAGUCAGCAAGUGACUUUCUUCUUCCUCAUUCCAUGUUUUCUGGAACAGCCACUUCCAAUCCUGACUCAAAGCUGCCACCAAAAGUAAGAUAUUGUGGAUGGCGAAGCCCACAAGAAGAAUGGAAAACAUGGAUCCAACAAAUGCAACCCAAAUAUGAAUAUCUUUGGAUAAAAGCUGGGAUAGACAAAGCUAUCAAAGCUUCUACAUAUGAAAUCCCAAGAAAAGAUGAGUUGAUUCUUGAGCUUGCUCAACGAUGGUGUUCAAAGACCAACACAUUCAUCUUUCCUUGGGGAGAAGCAACCAUCACGUUGGAAGAUAUGAAAGUUUUGGGGGGUUACUCGGUUAUGGGAGCUCCUGUUUCUAGCCCUCUUGAGACCCAUCGGCGAAAGGAAACAGAAGCAGAGCUAGUUGCAGCAAUAAGAAUCUUUAAUAGCACUAAAGCAAGAAAGGUGGUUCAUAAGCCAUGGAUGAUGCAUUUCAUGAAGAAUGAAAGCAAAGUGGAGCACGAGGCUUUUUUGGUUCUGUGGUUGUCAAGGUUUGUGUUUCCUGCAACACGUGACGCCAUUCUGCAAAGCGUUUUUCCUAUUGCAAUUCAUCUAGCUAGAGGGACUGAAAUUGCUCUUGCACCUGCUGUUUUAGCAAGCAUUUAUAGGGACUUAAGUUUGUUCAAAAGCAAUAUCAACAGUGCCACAAGCAAGUGUAGAGGUAGUCUAUCUCUAUGGGCUCCUUUUCAUUUGGUCCAAGUAUGGGCUUUGGAGAGAUUUCAAGCACUGCAGCCACAUCCACAUGCAAUUGAGCAAGGCCAACCAAGGAUGGCUAGAUGGCACUUAAUAAAAAUGCUGAAAGACAACAACUUGAAGUUGACUUUGGAUUCCGCUGGAGUUAGAAAUGGCUUUCUCUGGCGACCAUAUAAGAAUUCUUCUAUGGAUAAUGAAUCGUUUGGUCGCUGCUUGAGGGUCUGUGAGUUGGAGGGUAUGGGGUGUAUAGAGCAGUACCUUCCACAUCGUGUUGCCAUGCAAUUUGGAAUGGAUCAGGACAUUCCUGCUAUGGUUGCUCGUUAUAAAAAGGAUCCUUGGAAACUUUCAAAAAAACAAAAGGAUCCUUUGAUAAAUUAUAGCCAACCAAUUAUGGAUACAAAUUUGUGCACUGCAUUAUGUGCAAGCCAGCCAUAUGUUACUUCUAGGUACUAUGAUUGGUGGAAGCAAUUAAAAUCAGGCAAUGAAGGAGAUACAAUAGAGGGUUAUGAUAAUUAUUGUCUGAUAAGCAUGAGCAACUCAGAAAAUUUGUCACCUGCUUCAUCUGGACAGGUAGAGGGUGAAGCUUCCUAUGGCUCACCACCUGGUUUUACUUCCAAGUUCAAGAGAGUUCAAGUAGAUGAUUCUGCUCAAGAGGAUCAGAUGACAAUUAAUGAACUAUUGAGUUCUAGAUGUUUUGAUGAUGAAGUAGUUGGAAAAGGCAAAGCUUUGUCUAGUCCUGAAUCUGGUGUUUUUCCAUCAUCAAGGGUGGGUGAUGUAACAGCUGGAUCAAGAAGUAAGGAUGUUCUUAGACGAUCAAAAAGAACCAUGGAAGAUGGUCAAAUAGAAAAUAUUGUUGGGGAAGCAAAAAGAGUCAAGGAUGAUGGGGAUGAAGCCAAAAAUAAGAGUCCAUUUUGUGACAGAAAUGGUGCCCCUAACAUGGAAGGGGAAGGUGCUAGUCCAUGUACAGUAAACAUAGCCUGUGAUCUUGAAAACCGGAUUUUGAUGCUUGAAAGAGUGGUUGCCAAGCUUAAAGCAGCCAAAUUUGGCCCUAAGGUUGAAAGUAUUGGAGCCAAAGUAAAGCCAUAG